AGUGACAUGAAAUGGCAAUUUUUGAGUGUGAAGUUUGCAAUGAAGAUUAUUCGAAUUUAGAUGAAAGUCGUGCUCCGCGAGUUUUAAAAUGUGGUCACUCGAUUUGUCAGAACUGUGCAGUCAAACUAAUCUCGAAUUCUGUGAUUUUGUGCCCAAAAAAGUGCUCUGAAACAACAGAGGUCCAAAAUGGAAAUGUGGAGAGCCUGCAGAAAAAUUUUGGUCUGAUGCAGGCUAUGGAGAUGAUGGAAGCUAGUUCGAGUAACUCACCGCCAAAGUGCAAAGAGCAUCGAUAUAAUAUUGCGGAGUUUUUGUGCAGUGAGCACGACUGUCCCUCAAUCGACAAACUAAUGUGUAGGACUUGCGAGGAGUUUGGAGUUCAUACAGGUCAUACAAAAGUUUUGAUGAGUGUAGAAGCUGGAAAAAUUAGAGAUGUACUGGAAUGCAGGCUGAAACAGAUGAAAUUGAAUGCUGAAUCAUUCACAGUGCAGCUAGAAGAAUUUAGAGAAGCUAUGUCAAAUAGACAACUUUUUAUUGAAAAGCUUUCGGAGAUAAAAUAUCAUUUCAGUAGAAUCCGUCAAUUGGUUGAUGAAAGGGAAAAGAGGAUUACAGAUAAAUUAACUUUUAAUACGACAGAAAUAUACAAGUGCAAUAAGGAAACUGAAUCCAAUAUGAAACGUUUGCAGGAUUGUCUUCUUGAGAAAAUUGAGCAAACAACGAAGUUCUCAAAAAUUAGUGAUUAUCAGUUACUCCAAGCCGACAUUGAUCUAGGAGGACUGACUUGGUACCAUAGCCCUAUUACUCAGAAAUUCUCCCCGGCUGACACAAAGACUAUGGAUGUUAAACUACCAGCUUUCAAAUUUGUGGUGAAAAAACAACAAAAGUUUGAAUAAAAUAUUGUUAUCUGGUU